CUCUCCGUUUGCAAUCGGGAUCUCUUUCCUCGGUAACUUCGUGUAGGAGUUUAGCAGCUUCCUGUUCACUGUAACUUUCCUCUUGUUGCUCGAUAAUCAUUACCUCUUGUAUCUCUUCCGUGCCGUGAUGGUCCAAAUCUUCAUCUUCCAAAGUGGCCUCUUCCGCCCUGUAUUCGGUUCCAUUCUCGUCUUCGUAGAUGUAUUCAACUUUUGCCACAUUCAUUUUUCGAAUUUUCAUAACAUAACAAAAGUUUUAUCUGCGAAUUUUUAAUUGUUUCGCUUCGUGGUUUUCGUCGCCAUUUGCCACUCUGGCGUGGCUUGGCUAGACAAGGACAACAACUGUCAGUGUAGUAAAUUGGAAAGAGACAAGAAGAGUAUUUUUGUAUAGGACACUAUUUUAUCGAUUUUGGUUUUGAGUUUUCUACUGUUGGCAACACUAAUUGUUGAUGUUUUCCAUAAAGGAAACGGACGUGACGUCAUAUAAAUAUAAAUCAAUAAAUUUAAAGAGCCAACUUUUUCCCUUUAAAAUUUUCCUUUGAAAGGGAAAUUUUCAUUAAAUGAAUGAUCAAAUAACAAAAUUAUUCUUUUAAAGAAUAAUUCAAUCUAGAGUAAAUAAUAGUCAAAGUUAAAAAUCCCUAAUUUUAUCUACUUGAUUACAAAAUUGUGAAAAAUAUUUGCAUUCCUAUAUGUAUAAUCACAGUUUAAUCACUAAUAAAUUCCCAAUGUGGAAAAUUACAGAAAACAGGAGCCUGCGCCUUGCAAGUUUUCCAAAAGAGGAGGGCAAUUAACUUAAUAAAAAAAUUCCCCAUUGUACUUUUUACACUAGUAGAGUAUUUGCAUCCUCUAGAAAAAUGGCUUCGUGCAGUCCUUGUACCAUUAACACUGAUGAGUUUUACAAAGUGGUUCUUGAAUUAACAAAAAGUUGUGGACAGUUAAUAAAAGAACGUACCUCAUCCAGAACCAAAAAAAUCGAAAUAAAAUCCAGUGCCAUAGACUUCGUCACUGAAACCGAUCAAGAAGUAGAACAACUUCUAGUGGAAGGCCUCACCGAAGCCUUUCCAACUCACAAAUUCAUCGGUGAAGAAAGCGUUUCCAGUGGAGCCCAAUGUCUCCUUACCGACGCCCCAACUUGGAUAAUAGACCCAGUGGACGGUACCAUGAAUUUCGUACACUCGUUUCCACAUUCCUGCAUAUCCAUAGCGCUUUUUAUCAACAAAUUGCCUUACAUUGGAAUCAUUUACAAUCCCAUGCUGAAUCAACUGUUCACGGCUCGAAAAGGCAUGGGGGCUUAUUUGAAUGAGGAGAAAAUUACGGUCUCUGGUACCAAGAAUUUGGCAGAUUCGCUUAUUAUGAUGGAGUUUGGUACUAGCAGAGAUCCAGAGAGGAGGAAAGUUAUUUUGGAGAAUCAACACAAGUUGAUACCACAAGUACACGGUUUAAGAGCUUUGGGCUCAGCAGCCUUAAAUAUGGCAAUGGUGGCCUGUGGAGCAGCUGAAGCCUAUUUCGAGUUCGGUAUCCACAUUUGGGACAUAGCAGCUGGAGAAUUGAUUAUCACUGAAGCAGGCGGAGUUGUUAUAGAUCCUGCAGGAGGAGAGAUUGACAGAUUAUCGCGUCGAGUCCUUGCAGCUUCUUCUCAAGAAGUUGCAGACCAACUAGCCAAAGAACUGUCGCAGUUUUAUCCAGAGAGGGAUUAAAACAUUUAUGCAAAUUUUGAUAUUUAAAAUACCAAAGUUAUAACCAUAUAUUUAUGUUCCUGAUGAUAAUUAUUAAAGUAAAUAUUAAUGUCUUAGGCAAAUAUUUAAUUUUAUAAGUGUACGCUAAUGUAAGAACAAUAGAUAAACCUAGUAAAGUACCUGAUUUGAGGGACACAAU